UUGAGUCACCGGUCGAUCAGUCCAGCUGGGGGCGGUUUCAUACGAAUAAUGCUACAUUGAAAGGAAAUGAACAACUAGGUAAAACUGUAUAAGACCUGCGUUGCAAAUGUUUAACUAACAUUGUGUAGACAUUAACUAACGGACUAAAAUAUAUUAUAGUCGUGCCUCUUAUUUAACGUGCCAAAGUGGAUAGUGUUAUUAUUCAAGGUCAAGAAUAGCUCUGAGAAUCCUCACUCAGAAAUGAGUCGGCAUUUCCGGUUUGUACGUCAGUACGUGGGCGGACUGAAGGCGGCCAUCUUGGAUUGGAGCGGAACAACGGCUGAUAAAUACGUCAUCGCUCCCGCUGUUGUGUUUGUAGAGGUUUUCGAAAAACAUAAGGUCCCCAUAUCGAUGAAGGAAGCGCGACUCCCGAUGGGACUAAGAAAGGACCUGCACAUUAAGGCGAUUACAGAGAUACCGGAAGUCCGGGAACGCUGGCGUUCCGUGUACGGGAAGGAUCCGAAUCAGGGAGACGUUGACAACAUGUUCCGGGACUUCGUGCCUCUACAGUUGGCCUGUCUGCACAAGUACACCACCCUCAUCCCUGGUACAGUGGAAGCAGUGAACGCUUUGAAAAACGAAUUCGGUUUGAAGAUAGGCAGUACGACCGGUUUUACCCGGCCCAUGGUGGACAUCCUGUUGAAGGAGGCGAUCAAGCAGGGAUUCAAACCCGAUUGCACAGUGGCUGGAGACGAGGUGGUCCACGGUGCCCGCCCGAGGCCGUUCAUGGUCUACCGGAACUUAGAUCUCCUCGACAUCACGCCAAUACAGGCCGUCGUAAAGGUCGACGACACCGUUAGCGGGGUGGGGGAGGCACUCAAUGCCGGCUGCUGGGGGGUAGGCGUGGCCAGAUAUUCAAAUUACAUGGACGUUGAUAGCCUCGAACACGAGGCGCGAAUUGGUCCCGAAGACAUGAAAACGAGGCUCGAGCAUUCACGUGACCUACUGCGUAAAACUGGUGCGCAUUACGUCAUAGAUUCAAUUGCAGAGUUACCGGAAGUUUGCGCCGAUAUAAAUUCUCGUCUUGCUCGCGGGGAAUCGCCAUAGCAACUACCGAAUAGGUGCUUUUGCGUCAGUUUUGAUUUGUUGUUUUAUGGUGUUAUACAGUUCAUAUAUUGGUUAAAUGUUCAUGUUAAAUAAACAUGUACUGACAAUUUCA